AUGGAUGGUUUGCAACUGGUUUCGACGCCACCUAGAAAUGCAUUCAGGGGCAAUCGACCAAAGGCACGGAGAGGGCCUCAACAUGAUCUACCUCAUUCCAUUAAGCAAUGCACCAGAAAUUUUCUUGAGACUGGUGCAUGGCAUCAGUCUCAAAAUAAGGUUGCCGAUAAAGCAACUAGAUCUAACGAAUUCUCUGACCAUCCUUUGUGCCAGAGUUCUGUCACUUGCCCUAAUUUCUAUGCUUCAACCCCAAAAGAAUGUAAUGCUGUUAGUUCAUGUGAAGCUUGUAUUGAUAGUUCUAAUGUAGACAAGUCUGCCAAGAAAAAAUCUAGACAAAAAGGCAGAAGGAAAGGAAAGCAGAACAAGAGAGUUUCAAGUGAUACUGGCUCAACUGAACCAGAAGUUUUGUCUGAGUAUGCUCAUGGAAGUUCAACCUCUGAAGCCUGUGGUUAUAAUGAUCAUGGAGAUGAAGUAAUGUCCUCUGCAACUUCACCAGAAGUUUCAUUCCCAGAUGGUAGGAGUAACCAGAUUGAUUUUGAAGGUGACACUAGAUGCAGCAGCUCUAAAGCACUGGCGAUAAGCACAUCCAACAUUGAUGAAGUGGCUAUAGUGGAAACUUUUGAAGCACUGGACGUUUCAUCGGCAGAUGGUAGUAGUAACCAGAUCGAUUUGAGUCAGAUCAGCUGUAGUGAUGAUAUGCAAUCCAAAGAUUUUUCAUAUGUGGCCGAUUCCUCGCUAGUGAUGGACGUUGUAUCUAUUGGUUCUAACAGUGAUGAUGGCACUAAUGAUAGUCAUCAUGUAAAACCAUUUAAUGAAGCUAGCAGCAGUGGUAGCAUUUCAGAAGCUCCAGGUUUCAAUUCCAGAGAGGGUUCUUUGGCUCACAAAAAUUCAUUAAAUGGUAUUGUAGAUACCUAUCACCACACUGAGGGCUCAAAGCAUGGCGGUCAGAAUUUUAGCAUCAGUGAUGGGCAAUUUCUCAUGUCAGGCAGUAAAGGUAAGCAAAUAAAAGCAUUGCCUAGGAGUGACAGCGCUCACAAAUAUGGAGGUUUUGGAAAUUUGCAUGGUCGGGCAGGUAAGGAAAACAAUCAUUCUGUCUGGCAAAAAGUUCAGAGGAAUGAUGGUGAUGAAUGCAGCACUGAAACGAAGAUAUCUCCUGUGUGCUUCCAGUCUGACAUUACUUGGAAAGAGGCUCCUUCACUUAAAAGGAACUGUAUUGUUGCUGACGUAAAUGCAUCAUCAAGAACUGAGGAUAAAAAACUGCCGAAAGACAAGGUUUCUAAGAAGUUGAAAAGAAAAAAUAGUCUAGGUUCCAAACAAGAAUACAGCUUUCAUGGUAGGGGCUACAGUUCCACCAAGGCCAGCUUUAAUGCUCGUGCAAAAACCGGCAUGCAACAGAAUGAAACAUUUGAUCUCACAGUUCAAGUGAAUGAUCACAAAGGAGGGAAAUCUAUUUCAAGAACUCAUUCUCUGAAUAGCUGUUUAACGGUUGGGUUCCAACCCAGUGGAGUUGAAUGCGUGAAUUCAGAGUCAAUUAACAGCUCGCAUGUUUUCCCAGAUGCGUUACAGCCACUUCAAAGUACUUGUGAUACUGUUUCCAGCACUAGACACUGCCAUACAGAAAGUCAAGGUAGCUUGCCAGCAAAGUUGUGCAACUCAUUGAACCAAAAUGUGCUUAAGGUGCCACCUCCAGUUUACCUUCCUCAUCUUUUUUUUAAUAAAGGCCCCCAAAUGGAAAAAGAAAUUCCAUUUGCUGAAUGCUGUAAGCAAAACCAAAGUUCUGGAUCAGUUAUGCAGAAAUGGAUACCCAUUGGGGUAAGAGAUCCUGAAUUGGCCACCUCUGCUGGAUUUGGUAAUACAUUACCGGAUCCUUCUGAUGGACCUGCUGGUGAAGAUUUCACACCAAGAAAUGUUCCAGAAAUUGCCAGUUUCAAUUCUCAGGACCCUGUUUCUUCAUCGAUGUUGGGCAGGUGCCAAGGUUCUGGAAAUGCUAUUAGUUUUCCCCAGGAAGAUGACCACAGUCAAAAGUUGAAGAAUUCUACUGGUUGGAUGCUUGAGCUCAACAAGAAGCAUGUUGCAGCUGACAAUUCAACUAGCGAAUUCUCUGAUCAACAAUUUUCAGCUUUUGAAGAUGAAUCAACAAAAACAAUACAAGCAGUGAAGGAUGCAUGUAGGGUACAGAUGGAAUGUGAAGCUAUUCAGAUGGCCACCGGCAGUCCAGUUGCUGAGUUUGAAAGAUUUCUUCAUUUUUCUUCUCCCGUUAUUAGUCAACUGCCAAGUUUAUCAUGCUGCCAGACUUGUUUGUGUGACAGGCUUGUUGGUGCGUCACUAUGCAGACAUGAGACACCAAAUAUCCCAUUGGAAUGCCUCUGGAAGUGGUAUGAAGAACAUGGGAAUUAUGGUUUAGAAGUCAGGGCAGAAGAUUUUGAGAAUUCAAAGACCUGGGGUUUGGAUUGUUUUUCAUUUUGUGGCUAUUUUGUUCCCUUUUUAUCUGCAGUUCAACUAUUCAAAAACAAUACAAGCCAACACACAAACAGUGAGAGCAAGGCUCCUGAUCAUGGGGUUUUUGAUACAUUUGAGGCUAGUGAAUCAUCAGAGAACUCUAAAGUUGGUCGCCUUCCAAUAUUUUCUGUACUGAUUCCUAAGCCUCGUAUCACAGCUGUAGCUCAAUCAGUUGAUGUAACAUGUUCUGAUGAUGCAGAGCUACUCUUUGAAUACUUUGAAUCAGAACAACCACAGCAAAGACGGCCAUUAUAUGAGAAGUAA